AUCCAUGAAUAUAAUUAAAUGUAUCAGACUGGAGGAUGUAGGUCCAUCGACUGGCAAGGUCGAGUCCUUCCUCCUGAAGACCGUGAACUAGAGCCUGGGUGCUCCACCCUUCUUGGGCAACUCCUUCCAGUAUAUAUAGUCUGUUCCUCAGGAUCUCGACAUCAGUUCUUCACCUGGAUCAGUCGAACAUGGCAUCAAAGUUGAUCGCACUCGCCACCCUCGUGGCCGCCGCCAGCGCUGGCUAUGCUCCAGCAGUCUUGGCCCCAGGCGCUCCACUCGCCGCAAGGGCUUACGCCGCACCAGCUUAUGCCGCACCAGCCUACGCCGCACACGCCUAUGCCCCAGCUCCAUACGCCUACGCCGCAAAGGUCGCCGCUCCAGUAGCAGUCGCUGCCCCACUCGCCGCAAAGGCCGCAGUUGUCGACGAAUACGACCCCCACCCACAGUACUCCUACGCCUACGACAUCCAGGACGCCCUCACCGGAGACUCCAAAUCCCAGCACGAAGAUCGUGAUGGCGAUGUUGUCCAUGGCAGCUACUCUCUGACUGAACCCGAUGGCACCAGGAGGACCGUCGACUACACCGCUGACCCAGUGAACGGAUUCAACGCCGUCGUCCACAAGGAACCCCUUGUCGCCAAGGCUGUCGUUGCCGCCAAAGUCGCCGCCCCAUUGGCCUAUGCUGCCCCAGUCGCUAAGGUCGCUGCUCCUCUUGCCUACGCCGCCCCAGUCGCCAAAUACGCUGCCCCAUACUACGGUUAAACGAGACCAUUCUCAAUCUAUAUACCAUGUAUAUAAACAUAUUUAUUUAAAUUAUAAAUAAAACUUCAAGCACUAUAA